AUGGAGGCCUCCCGCUCGCGGAGCGCGCCUGCGCUCCCCCACGCCUACAACCUGCGACAGUACAGCACCGAGCGCGGGCGCCUCGCCCAGGCAGCGCCAGGCGCGGCGGAGGUCAAGCUUGUCCACCCGCUGAGCCAGAUCGACCUGGUGGGCGGCAACGGCCGUUGGAGACAGAAGAGGGCGAAGGAGCAGUGGGUCAUCGACCAGGCCGAGGCGGAAAAGCAGCGGCGGGAGCAACAGAUCCUCGAGGACCCCGAGGAGGUUCAGCGAAAUUUGGGCGCCAAUCUCGGUCUCUGGAGGAACGCCCUCCGUACACUGAGCGGCACUCAUUACAUCUACAUUUGCAUGCGCAGGUGCACCGCGUAG